AUGAGCCUUCUAGUUUUCGUCGUGUUCUUGGCCCUGCAAUCCCAAAUCGAAGCAUUUAAUUUUUCUCCAUUUCCAAAUCUGGUGCUAGAAUAUCCCCAACAGACCAGCCAGGAACGCAGCUCCUACUUCGGAUACUCCCUCGUAAUUCGCCAGAACAGCAUUAUAGUGGCAGCACCUCGAGCCAACUCCACGUUGCCAAGGCUACGCAACAUAAACGAGCCUGGGGUGAUCUACAAGUGCUCCUUGCACAACGGGGAGUGCCACACAUACGACCCGGACCACGAGGGAAACUACAAUGCGUCCACCAACGACUACACCUGGGACUCGCGGCACAAGGACCACCAGUGGCUGGGCGGAUCGAUGGACGGAGGAACCCAGGACACGGACAGGUUCCUCGUGUGCGCCCCCCGGUUCUUCACCCACAGCCCCGGGGACUACUUCCUCAGCGGAAUGUGCUACCGCUUCCAGGACACAACGGUCGACCCUCCAGAGGAGGUGGAGAAGAUCUCCCCGCUGCGCUCGAUAGAGAAACAGGUGAUCACGAACGAGUUCAAGAACGAGACGCUGGCCCACGUGUACAUCAUGGGCGAACUGGGGCUCAGUGCCCACGUGCCGGACGACAACUCCAAUUUCAUCAUCGGAGCCCCGGGCAUCUACGAGUGGAAGGGGUCCGUAGUGCUCUUCGGGCAACACGAGGACAGUCCCAGCUCCAAGGCGAGUAAGCGGGACACGAGCAGGGCUCUCCGCCGGACCAAAAGGGAGAACUUCCAGUCCAAGGUCCUCCAGCCACUGAGUUGGAGCCAAUCAAAUCACUCGUACUUCGGCUACGCCGUCAGUUCCGGCUACUUUGACAGCUCCUAUCCAUGGAAACUGCUCUACGUGGCCACUGCUCCCCAGGCACACUCGCAAUCGGGAGAGGCCUACAUCUUCGCCGUGCUGGGCAACGGCAUCCUCAAGUUCCAGACGUUCCUGGGCGAGCAGUUUGGUGAAUACUUCGGGUAUUCCGUUCUUGCGGAGGAUCUCAACGGGGACAGGAAAACAGACCUCAUCGUUUCAGCUCCGCAGCACGCUCUUCAGGAUUCCCAUGACGAUGGUGCCAUCUACGUGUUUGUCAACAGAGGGUCUUUUAACUUUGAGCGACAGAUAAUUCUGUCGCCAGCGGGCAAAAGAGGUCGAUUUGGAACUACUCUUUCUCGUCUGGGAGACAUCAACCACGACGGCUAUAAUGACGUGGCAGUGGGAGCUCCUUUUGCCGGCAACGGAUCGGUGUUCAUCUACUUGGGCAGCGAGCAGGGAUUGCGGGAGCAGCCGAGUCAGCGAUUGGAUGCUCCUUCCACGACCAGUUCCAAGUACGGGGAACACAUGUUUGGACACGGUCUGUCCCGCGGAUCGGACAUAGAUGGCAACGGAUUCAACGACUUCGUCAUCGGAGCUCCAAAUGCCGAGGCGGCGUACUUCUAUCGCUCCUAUCCUGUCGUAAAAAUACAUGCAUCGAUCAGGCCGGAAUCACGAAGGAUCAAACCGGAACAGGACGUGGUGAAGAUCACCGCCUGCUACAGGCUGGAGUCGAAGUCUAUGGCGUGGAAAGUUCUGGAGCAGGAGCUGAACUUCCUGGUUGCAGUCGAUACAAGACUGAAGCGGGUAACUUUCGCCGGAACCCAGCUGCAUCAGAUGUCCUUCAUGGCAAAUGCGAGACUCGAGGAGCAAUGCAGGGACUUCAAUGUCAAGAUGUCCAGGAAGGCCAUCUUUACUCCCAUCGUUAUGGAGAUGCACUACGAACUGAAAAACAAGAUUUCCGACUCAGCGGUUUUUUGCAAAACGUGCGCGGUGGUUGAUCCGACGGAACCAAAGGUCUCCGUUGAAAAAAUUACUUUCUGCACUGGCUGUGCCACGGAUGUUUGCAUCGCUGAUCUUAAACUGAAGAGCCUAGAUGCAAGCCCCACUCUUACCUUGGGUUCCCUGGACAUCCUGCGCAUGAACUACGAUAUUAAAAACAUCGGCGAGAAUGCUUACGAGCCUCAAUUCAACGUUACGAGCUCACCGCGCCUGCCAUUUGCGCAAAUUCCCGGAAACUGUCACGUCGUUGAGGAAAUUCUUGUGUGCGACCUGAACCACGGAAGACCGUUGGCGCAAAACGAGAGCAACUUCAUCACCAUCAGCUUCGAUGUCAGCCAACUCAGCGGAGAAUCGCUGAUUAUCGAAGCUCAGGUUCUUAGUGCCUUGGAGGAAAAAAACCCCAAGGACAACAAACAGACAAACGUGAUCAGUCUAAGGGAGUUCACCGAGAUCGAUGCCACCGGAGGCCAGACCAACGGACAAACUGUUUUAAAGAAUUACCCUUACUCCGCGGAAAUCGUCAACCAUUACGAGAUCAAGAGCCACGGACCCAGUACAAUUGAAAACUUAAAGCUGUCUUUUUACAUUCCUGUUGCCUUCAAGGCCAAUUCUAUGGCGGUUGUACCCAUAGUUAAUGUGUCCAGCCUGAAGAUACGGGCCAGUUACAACGCUACAUUGUCGAGUAUCGAUCUAUACGACCAGAAUAAUACCCUGAUCAAUAAGUACCAAACUGAGAAACGAGAACGUCGCGAUUUGAAAGGUCUAUUUGGCAGCCGAGAUCAAGAGAACCGGACCUCAGAUGGCCACUCUAACGAAAUGCUGUUCGAGGACAAGCUGCCGAAAAAUAGCACCAUUAGGUUCGACUGCCGGAACUUCACCAUGACGAUCUGCGUCCGGGCCGAAAUGCACGUGCAACUGAAGCCGGAGAAACCUCUUGACCUAAACAUAAGCUUCAUACUCGACUUGAGCGGAGUGGAGGAUCCUUCGGAGUUCUUCGUAAUUCUAACCGAUUUGGAAUUCCUCAAGGAGGGCGACCCCAAGUCCAGUUCGUUGCAGAUUAAUUCGCGGAUCGAACCGAAUGUUAUAUCCAGGCAUGCCGCGCUAUCCAACUGGGUAAUAAUUAUGUCGGCCAUCGGGGGCCUUCUGUUGCUUUCUGCAAUCACCUAUGCUUUUUACAAGCAAGGAUUCUUCAAACGCACUCUAAGAUAUAGUUUGGAAGAGGGUAUAGCUGGGAAUGAGACGCCAGAGGCUGAAGGGAAUGCGAAUGCAGAUGCGUUGUGACUGCGUAAGAUACUUACGAAAAAAAACAC